UAAAUUAUAUAAAUUAUAAGUACACAUGUUCUUAACAAAAAUAAUAAAUAAUUAAUUAAUAAAGUAGUAUAAAUAAAUUAGUGUGUAAGCAUCAGUUUAUAGUCUACGACGCAAAGACAAUAAGAUUGUAAUUAUAAAUAAUAAUAUAGGAAGUAGAAAUUCAAAUUUUGAAUUAGCUUUAAAAAUUAUGGUAAAACUUUAAAAAAAAAUAACAACGGGAACUGUCAUAUAUUGUAGACAGUCUCUAAUAUAAUGGUAUUUCUAUACUCUAUUUAGGCUAAAAGUAUACAAAAACGCGCUGUCAUUGGCUACACCUUACUGGCACACCCCCCCCCCCCCUCACCACUAACCUAACCCCUAACCUGCGUAUCACGUGACCUACCUGCACGAAACCAGACGCGUUUUCGUUGUACACUUUUUCACUCUUAGCCUGAAUAUAUUAGAAUAAUUGCUCUGGUCAUCAAAUUCAAUGGAUGAUUUUCGUAAAAAAUUGGAUCUAAGUGGUUUUUGGGAGGACAAAAUUGAAAAUGUUCAGUUCUUUUUAAAAUAUUCGUGAAAAACUAAAAAAAAAUACAAACAUUUGUUAACAUUUAUUAAAAUUUUAAUAUUAUUAUUAAAGUAUUUGGUAACCUUGGUUACAAAAAGUUAGAUUGCCUUCGCUUAGAUUAUAGGGGGUUUCCCUCUUUAUCAGAUGUUGAUGGGUUAACGAUGUGUGUCCGAUUCGCAUUCUGUUGAUUGCAGUUUCUAUUUUUCUUGAGAUGUCCGGUGGAAAGGGCCAUGCUAGGAAUUAGGAUGGUGUGUUUAAUUUUGUUAAGUUUUGAAGAACUUAUAGUGUCCAAGCCCGAAGUGUUGCUUGUGAUUAUUUUUGAUAUAGAUUUAGCGUCGUGUAGGGUAAAACCAUUAAGUUUUAUAGCGUCCGGGAAGGUUAUUGCUUUGCGAGUUUUUUCGACGGCUCUCUCGUUCCCCGCGAUUUGACUUUCACUGGGAAUCCAUAUCAAGAUGAUAGAGUAGCCGGAAUUCGUGAGGUAAUAAUUAUUAUUUUCUGGAUGAUAAUGUCACAUGUAUUGCUAAUGUAAUCUUUCCUCUCUUUUCUCGAAGAAAAGGCACCGAUUGGCCUAUAAUAAUAUAACAUAUCUGAUAUCAAUUCUUACAGUUAGGGGUUCCCAAAAUCUAAAAACCAAUUAUUUUUAAGUACCUAACUAUUCGUGACUCGAUGAAUUUGAUCUAAUUAACAAUUAAGCGUAGGAAUUAGGAAAUAUGAAUUUUGAAAUGCAAUACUAAUUAAUAUUUAAGCCAAAUUAUAUAACUAAAAUAAAUAAUUCAUCGUGACAACACCAUGACUGUUAUAACUUAUAAUCGUGAAAUUGUAACUACGUUAAAUUACCUACCUACCUAAUGUUUCAAGUGCACUCACUUACAAUAUUACUGUAGUACCUAACCACAAGGAACGGCAUUUGAAGAGAUAGUUAUAAUGAACGACUCAGCAGAAAUUUUAGUUUGCGGUGGUACUUUACCCGACGCUCGACCGAUCGAAAAACAACCCCAUCAACCGAUUGUUUGGCGCAAUGUUAUAUUGUGCUCGUUGGUCCAUUUGGGUGCACUAUAUGGCGUCUAUUUGGCGUUUACUUCUGCGAAAAUCACUACGACUGUUUUCGCCAUCUGUUUGUAUCAAAUUACUGCAAUUGGUGUCACCGCUGGAUCACAUAGACUUUGGUCGCAUCGGGCGUACAAAGCGAAAUGGCAAUUACGUGUCAUUAUUAUUGUUCUCAAUACAAUAGCGUUUCAGAAUUCGGUUUACGAAUGGGCCCGCGAUCAUAGGCUACACCACAAGUACACAGAUACGAAUGCCGAUCCGCACAACUCGAAUAGAGGGAUGUUUUUCUCGCACGUUGGUUGGCUACUGUGCCGGAAACACCCGGACGUCAUCGAGAAGGGUCGAACCAUCGACACCAGUGAUUUGUUGGCCGAUCCGAUUGUGGCGUUCCAAAAAAAAUAUUUCUGGUUCCUGAUAACAUGGGCGUGUUUCAUUAUACCAACACUUAUACCGGUGUACUUUUGGGGUGAAACGUGGAGCAAUUCUUGGUACGUGGCUGUUUUGUUGCGGUACGCGCUCACACUUAACGGAAUUUGGUUGAUCAACAGCGCCGCACACACGUGGGGAGCAAAACCAUACGAUAGGUCCAUCAACGCGGCGGAGAACCUUGCUGUGGCUAUAAUGUCGGUGGGCGAGGGUUGGCACAACUACCACCACGUGUUCCCAUGGGAUUACAAGGCGGCGGAAUUGGGCAAUUACAAGUUCAACUUCACCACCGCGUUCAUCGACCUGUUCACAAAAGUCGGGUGGGCCUACGACCUGAAAACCACGUCGCCGGAGUUCGUGUGCAGACGGGCCUCGCGUACCGGCCUGAUCGAGUCCCAGGAUAACUCGGUGCCACUACCGUGGGGCUGGAACGACCGAGACUUACCGCAGUCGGACCGCAUGGAAGCCACGAUCGUAAACAGGAAGCGAGGUUGAACAAUAGAAAAUUAUUAUUACUGUUGUUCGUAUACCUACUAAAUAUUAUAAUGCGUAUUGUCGCUUUAAUCCUUACACACUGUGAAUUCGCACCAAAAAAUACCUAAAAAAAAGUGUGAACGUAUAAUAAUAAACUCGCUGCGCAUAUUACGAUUUAAAAGUUUGCUUAUUUUACGAUUGUAAAUAUGUAUCGUAUCAAAUAAAUAUAAAUCUUAUAACAAAGCCGAAAAAAUUUCAACACUUUAUUAUAUAUUAUAAUAUUAUUAAUAUUAUACUACAAUACCUAUGUAACAUCAUAUAAUUAUACACCACACGUCGGUCUAUAUUUGUAUAAUAACAGUAUA